AUGUCACGUUGUCUGCUCAACUUUCAACCUACUUGCCCAACAGAACGCAGCAAAAAGUCGUGUGGCGCCUAUAAAGCCCACCACGAUCCCGAGACUCGAGCUGUGCGCUGCGCUCGUUGGAGUGCGCCUAUACGAAAAGGUGUUACGUUCUCUACGAGUGCAACAGAUCCUAGCGACCUACUUCCGUUGACGCCGGGACACUUCCUCAUCGGUCGCCCUCUCACCGCGCUGCCGACUGACUGCUACGAGCAACACGUCACAGGAACACUGAGCCGAUACCAACAUUUGGAGCAACUCCGCCAACACUUUUGGCGCAGAUGGAGCAAGGAGUAUAUAUCGGAACUACAGUUGAGGACGAAAUGGCGCUCUGAUCUCAACCCUUUACAGGAAGGCGUCCUCGUCAUCCUGAAGGAGGACAAUCUACCGCCGCUGAAAUGGCGGCUGGGUCGAGUCGUGGCAGUCCAUCCCGGAGCGGACGGAGUAUCCCGUGUGGCUGACGUGCGGACUGCGACAGGAGUCGUACGCCGCGCUUUUAGCAAGAUCUGCCCGCUGCCUCAAGACGACAUCUAGUUCUGUUGAAGGACGAGCCUUCAACGCCCGGGGGCAUGUUCGCGCCAAUUCGCCGUUGGGAUAUGCGCCUGCCAUUUUACGAUGAGCAACGGCGUAAUUUUAGGAUCACCGUC